GCGCAUGCGUAUAAAAGAAUAAAAAUCUGCGAAAUUUCCAGAUUUUAUCAUAAAACAGCUGUUUUCUUACCGUUAGGGGUAUACAAACAGUUAAAAUUAAUGAUCAAGUUAUCCAGAUAUAUACGUCAUAAUGGGAAAGCCAAAGAAGGGGAAGAAGGGACACCAGGAUGAUGAUUUUAGUGACAGUGAAGUGGUAGACCCAGUAGCCGCUGCUGAAGAUGAUGAAGUCCAGCAGCCUGCCAGCAAACCAGCAGCUAAGAAGGGAAAGAAGGGCAGAAAGAAGAAGGAUGAUGACUGGGAAGAUGAUGUUGCUAAGGAGAUUGCAGCCUUGGCAAUGGAGCAGAACCAAGGUAACGAUGACAUCACAAAUGGUGAUGCAGAUGAAGAGAUUCCAGAACCAGUCAAAAAGACAAAGAAGAAAACAAGAAAAGGUGCUGCAGAUGCUGAUGACGAAAGCCCCGCUCCAGUUUCAGCGUUCGCCAUGUUGAAUAUUGAAGAUCCUGAAUCAGGACCAGGAAGUGAUGCUGACGACAGUCCAUCCGAAGCGCCAUCUAUAAAGGAAAAGGCAGCACCUGUGAAACAAGCCAAAAAGAGCAAGAAGGAUAAAAAGAAACAGAAACAGCAAGAACAAGAAGAUGAUCUUGAUGCCAUUCUAGCCGAAUUAGACAAACCUGUUGAAAAACCUAAAAGCAAAAAGGAUAAAAAGAAACAAGAGACUGAAGAAAAACAAAACAAUGAAACUGAUGUGAUUGAAAGUGAAACUAAAGUUGAUGACUCUGAACAUAAAGAGAAUGAUGAUAAUGAAACCAAAAUGAACGAUACGAGUGAUGUGGUUGAGGUGAAGGAACCUGAACCUGAAGAGGAUGUGGAUGGUGAUGAUAAGGAUGAUGAUGGAGAUGAAGGGGGGUUCAAAAUAAAAACUGCUGCUCAAAAGAAGAAAGAGAAGAAAGAGAGAGAAAAGAAGAAAAAAGCAGAGCAAAAAGCAAAGGAGGCCAGUAAGAAAUCUAAAGCAUCAACACCAGCAGAGGAAGCCAAAGUUGAGGAAGAAGCAAAACAAAUGACUCCUGAUGCAGAUGCUACAGCUACUGCUAAAGAGUCAACACCCACAGAAGAAGCUACUAAAGAGACCACUGCUGCCGAUGAUGAAGCUGCAGAAGGAGAAAAGGAUGAAGGUGGAGAAGAGGAGAGUAGCAGUAGUAAGAAGAAGAAAGACAAGAAGAAGAAAAAGAAGAAAGGGGAGGAAAAAGAAGAGAAGAAAAAACCUGGGAGAGGGCAGCUUGCAGCAAUGAAAGAAGCACUUCAAAGAGUUCGCGAAGAGGAGGAAAGACUCCAGCGAGAAGAGGAAGAGAGAAUUAAACGCGAAGAAGAGGAACUUGCUCGCAAGAUUGAAGAAGAAAAACAAGAAAAGGAACGAAAAGAGAGGAAAAAAUUGAAAGAGAAGGAGAAGAAAGAUCGUUUGAAAGCUGAAGGAAAAUUAUUGACGAAUAAACAGAAAGAAGCGCAGAGAAGAGCUCAGCAGAUGUUGGAGUCCAUGAAAGCCCAAGGCUUGGAGCUUCCCUCCAAAGAAGAUAUUCCCAAAAGAAAGCCAAUCUAUGGUAAGAAAAAGAAGCAGCCACAGCAAGUAAAGACAGAUGAAAAAAGCCCAUCUCCCACAGGAGACAUGGAGAGUAGUUCUGCUACAGAGACCCCCAAUGUUACACCUGCUCAAACACCUGUAGAAGAGAAAGAUAUCGCUGGUUCAUGGGAUCAGGAUGAGGAUGAGCCAUUGGACGAUUGGGAAAAGAUUGGGGAGGAGGAAACUAAAAAAGAAGAGCCAAAGGCUGUUACAGUAACAGUUGAACCAAAGAAGGAGAAAGUUGCCAUAGAAGCCAAGACAACAAAAACUGAAGAAGAUGAUGAUGAAGACGAGGAUAACUCUGAGGAGGAUUCAGAUGAUGAGGACUCAUCAGAUGAUGAAGAGAGUGACUCAUCUGAUGAAGAAGCUACUGCCAGGGAAAAAGCAAUCUCCAGGAUCAUGAAACGGCACACAGAUGCAGAGAAAAAGAGAACUACCGAUAAGCUACGAGCCCCAGUUGUAUGUGUGUUAGGCCAUGUAGACACAGGAAAAACUAAAAUAUUGGACAAGCUACGACGUACAAAUGUUCAAGAUGGAGAAGCGGGUGGUAUCACACAGCAGAUAGGAGCAACAAAUUGUCCCGCAUCUGCAAUCAAGGAGAAAACAUCCAUGUGUAAAGAGUUUGCCAAAAAAGAUCUGAAAAUACCAGGUUUGCUUAUAAUUGACACACCAGGCCACGAGUCUUUCAGCAACUUGCGGACACGUGGAUCUGGAUUGUGCGACAUUGCUAUCCUCGUAGUAGAUAUUAUGCAUGGCAUUGAACCUCAGACUAUUGAAUCUAUAGGACUACUAAAAUCACGGAAAACUCCUUUCAUAGUAGCCCUUAACAAGAUUGACAGGUUGUAUGGAUGGAAGCCUAACCCACAUUCUGAUGUUCAAAACUGCAUCAAGAAACAAGGGAAAAACACCAGGGAUGAAUUUGAAGAGAGAGUGGCAGAAGUUGUUGUACAAUUUGCAGAGCAGAGUCUGAAUGCGACAUUAUUUUACGAUAACAAAAACCCGAGAGAGUUUGUGUCGAUGGUGCCAACAUCAGCGCACUCUGGUGAUGGAAUGGGCAAUCUAGUUGCGUUAAUCUGUGAACUUUGUCAAUCGAUGCUUGCAAAGAAACUGUCAUAUUCUGAGGAACUUCAAGCCACAGUAAUGGAGGUUAAGGAAAUCUCUGGACUGGGUACAACAUUAGACGUAAUUCUUGUAAAUGGCAAUAUACGAGAAGGUGACACCAUCGUGGUAGCUGGCACCCAGGGACCUAUUGUGACGUCAAUAAGAGGAUGCUUACUUCCCCCUGCAAUGAAGGAACUGAGAGUCAAGAACCAGUAUGAACAUCAUAAAGAUGUUACAGCAGCUCAGGGUGUGAAAAUUAUAGCCAAAGAUCUUGAGAAAGCAGUAGCAGGAUUGCCUUUACAUGUUGCUCAUUUCCCCGAUGAAAUAGAAAUAUUUAAGGAAGAACUUGAUGUCAUGUUAGAAGACAUUUUGAAGUCAAUCAAGACGACAGAUCGUGGUGUGUUUGUGCAAGCAUCAACACUUGGCUCAUUAGAGGCCCUUCUAGAGUUCUUGCGUACUUCAAAGAUACCCUAUGCAGGCAUUAAUAUAGGGCCAAUUCACAAGAAGGAUGUCAUGAAGGCAUCUGUAAUGCUUGAGCAUGAUACACAAUAUGCUGUCAUCUUGGCAUUUGACAUCAAAGUAGAAAGAGAAGCUCAAGAAAUGGCGGACAAUCUCGGAGUGAAAAUAUUCACCGCUGACAUUAUAUACCACUUGUUUGAUAAAUUCAUGGCGUUCCGAGAGGAACUGAAAAACAAAAAGAGGGAAGAGUUGAAAUAUGUCGCUGUUUUUCCAUGCAAGCUCCGUGUGCUUCCUCAAUUUAUAUUUAACUCCAGGGACCCGAUUGUGUGUGGCAUAUCUAUCGAGGCAGGCUUUAUAAAGAUUGGGACCCCUCUGUGUGUCCCUAGUAGGGAGUUCACAACUUUGGGACGUAUCUCUAGUAUAGAACUAAACAAUAAGCCAAUAGAUAUCGCCAGGAAAGGGCAAGAGGUGUGUAUUAAAAUAGAGAACACAGGAGGCGGCACUCCACAAAUGUUCGGACGACACUUUGAUGAAACCGAUCUACUCGUGAGCAAAAUCAGCCGAGAAUCUAUAGACGCAGUGAAGGAUUACUUCAGGGAAGAUAUGCUUAAAACAGACUGGGUACUCAUUAAAGAAAUGAAAAAAUUAUUUGAAAUUUUAUAACAUAUUGAGUUAUAUGUGGUCCUGUUUAGACGUAAGGUCCACAUAAAAGAAUGCAUGGGCGUGUUGGAAUGCAUGGACAUCAAUGAAUUUGUAGUCCAUUUAGAAUGUAUGGACCCUUUACAAAGGUUGAAUUUCUGGAAAAAUUUGGAAAAUGAUAAAAAUGAUGUAUCUUUUCUUUCAUGGAUUCCUGCAGCAGCGCCCCUUCCCCCGAAACUCAAAUGUUGAACUGAUUUGCAAAUGGGGGACCAGAGGAUUUUGGCGCAAGGUUGAAUAUGUUAAAAGGUCAAAUCCAUGGUCUCUGUAAUGUUGUGGUCACAAUUGCUCCAAUUUUCAGAACUGGUGCCCCA